UUUCCAGUUUUCACUUUACCUAAAACCCUAGUCUCUUCGUCAGCACAAAAACCUCAACUUCGUCUGCCUCUCUUCACGAAAAACUGAGAGAUAUAGAGAUGGGAAGCGAUAGCGAGACAGAGAAAAGUGCCCAUAAAGAGAGAGAGAGGAAGAAGUUUCUGGCUCUUGCACCCAUCGCUAAACCCCUCGCCGGCAAAAAACUCUGCAAACGCACCCUUAAACUUGUUCGCAGAGCUGCCGAGCAUAAAUGCUUGAAGAGAGGCGUUAAGGAAGUGGUCAAAAGUAUUCGCCGAGGAAACAAAGGAUUAUGUGUCAUAGCUGGGAACAUAUCACCGAUAGAUGUUAUCACUCAUGUUCCAAUCUUAUGUGAAGAAGCUGACAUUCCUUAUAUCUACGUUCCCUCGAAAGAAGAUCUUGCUAAUGCGGGAGCCACCAAGAGACCAACAUGCUGUGUUUUGGUGCUAACCAAGCCCACCAAGGGGGAAAUUGCCCAGGAUGAACAAGAAAAGUUGAAGGGAGAUUACGAUCAGGUUGCAUCAGAAGUAUCUGAACUAGCUAAUUCUAUGUUUUAAUGAGCUAGAUAUUAUAAUGAAGUUUGUACUCUUUAUUUCAGAUUAUAAACAUCUUAUUACUUACCAUUUGUGGGUUUCUGUGAAGUUGCUCAAUGGAUUUGUAAAACAGAAUUUCGGAACUUUUUAUCUUCUUAGGUCUCAUCUAGAAAGAUUUUUCUGCG